AUGGUUCGUCCUGACUUGGACAUGGAAUUAAGAGAAAAGAAGGACUUAUAUGAGAGAUUGUUCGGUCCAAGUUUAUCCGAAGUGAGAAAUGGAUUGUUGAUAGAUAAUGUUGGUUUUCAACCACCGGAGAAAUGGUUGACACUACUAGAGAUGGGCUAUUUGAUAGCGAAUCGGUAUAACGUCAUUCUUGUGAUGCUUGGUAACCCUUGCUUGACUUUUUUUCCCAUGACAACAACAUUUUCUCCAAGUGCUCCUACAUAUUGCAUUGGCCUUGUCAACAAGAAUCAUUUUCUUCGGGUUAAUAUGAAAGAAGGCUUCCCACUGCCACCCGUCACGUUAGAUUGGAUGAAGUUUCGUCUUCAAGUGGCGGCAUCUUGUAUGUUAGGAUUUGCUGGACGUCUUCAACAUUGGCACCAUCUUACGCCUAUGUUACCAUCAAGUGUUAAUUUCGAUUAA